CGCCCAGGAAAAGCCGCCCCUUUGAGCUGUUAAGGGGGCGGGGGCGAGGCUCUGGCUGGGCCUCUGGGUUGGGAGCUUCGUCAAUCGUCGCGCAGCGGGGCUGUGACAGGCAGCAGCAGGAGCCAAUCAGCGUAUCGGCGCCCUCUCGGCCCGCGCGCCAGCGCCCCCGGGUCUCGGCCGUUACUGGUGGCGCGCGCGCGGGGACUCAAAGUAGGUCAUGGAGGACACCCAGGCUAUUAACUGGGAGGUUGAAGAAGAGGAGGAGACAGAGAGACCCAGUGAAUCCUUAGGGUGUAGCUUGGAGCCCGUAGGGCGACUGCAUAUCUUCAGUAGUGCCCAUGGACCAGAAAAAGAUUUCCCCCUGUAUCUCGGGAAGAAUAUGGUGGGCCGAAUGCCUGAUUGCUCUGUGACCCUGCCCUUUUCAUCCAUCUCCAAACAACAUGCAGUGAUUGAAAUUUUGGCCUGGGACAAAGCACCUGUCCUCCAAGAUUGUGGCAGCCUCAAUGGUACUCAAGUCCUAAGGCCUCCUAAGGUCCUAAGCCCAGGGGUGAGUCACCGCCUGAGGGACCAGGAGUUGAUUCUCUUUGCUGACUUGCCCUGCCAGUACCAUCGCCUGAAUGUCCCCCUGCCCUUUGUUUCCCGGGGCCCUCUAACUGUAGAAGAGACACCCAGGGUACAGGGAGGAACUCAACCCCAGAGGCUCCUGUUGGCUGAGGACUCAGAGGAGGAAGUAGAUUCUCCUUCUGAAAGGUGUGUGAUGAAAGGACCAAGAACCUCCCCUUUGGCAGCAGUAGUUCCAGAGAGUGAUGAAGAGGGGCCUUCUCCUGCCCCAGAUGGCCCUGGGCCACCAUUUGCCUUCAACCUGGACAGUGACACAGAUGAGGAAGAAAGUCAGCAUCCAGCAGCAGGAGAGGCCUCCUUAGCUGCCAGAAGAGGCUCCACUGCAGAGACAGAACAGCCUACAGCUGUGGCAACUGAAAUCCAGCUUGAAAAGGAUCAGUGUUCAGUGAAGGAGAGGAACAAUGGCACAGAAGUUGAGAGGGAUGCAAGGAAUGGGGUGGUCCCACUUGGGGCCACUCUGGCAAGAAACCAAACUGCUGAGGAGGACAGUGACACAGAUAUGGAUGAGAGCAGGCCUGCUGAGGUCCACUGGGAAAGGGCCCAGCCUUCUGGCUUCACAGACAGUGAUACUGAUGUGGAAGAAGAAGGGAUCCCUGCAACCCCAGCUGUAGUUCCUACGAAGAAGAGGCAAAUCCUCCACGAAAUUAGUACAAAGAGUCCUCAGGCACCUGCUUUGGUAUAUCUGCAGGAGAGCCCAGCCAGUAGUGAUACAGAUGCGGAAGAAAGUGAGUUCCAAUUGGCAGUCCCUCCGGAGAGAAACCAAGCCUCCGUGGUGAUUGACAGCAAUACAGAUGAUGAGGAAGAAGUCUUAGCAGCACUUACUUUGGCACGUCUGAAAGAGAGCCAAGCCGAUACAUGGAACAGAGAUCCUGAUGUGGAAGAGAGCAGGGCCCAACCUGUGGCUCUUCUGGAGCAAAACCAAACCUCUGCUGGGAGAGACAGUGACACAGACUCGGAGGAGGAGGGUCUCCCAAUCGAAAAGAAAGGAACUGUUCCCAAGUGUCAUAUAGACAAGGCAUAUUCAGAAAAAAGGCAGUCUCCUCUCCGAGACUGUGAUCUAGGGGUAGACGAAGAUAACAGCUCACUUGGGGUCCAUCUGCAGAGAAGCCAAGCCUCUGCCACAGUGGACAUCAACACACAAGUGGAGGAGAAAGCCCUAUCAGGACCAGCCGUUACACUUGUGGAGAAGCUUCAAGUGCCUAUGGUAUGGACAAAUCAAACAAAUGUGGAAGUGGAAGGGGCAAAGCUGCCUGUGAUGCAUCUAGAGGAAACCCAGCCUCCUCCCCCUGGGGACUGUGAGACAGAUGCAGAAGAGGGCACAUCCUUAGCAGCCUCAGUGGUGGCAGAUACAGGAAAGUGCCAGCUUCCAGCAGAAGGGGACGCUGGGACGGAAUGGGCUGCAGCUGUUCUUGAGCAGGAGAGAGCUCUUGAGGCAAGGGCCCAGGGUGAAUCCCUUGUGUCACAGGUGGAGCAGGAUCUUCUCCCUGUCUCGAGGGAGAACCUUACAGAUCUUGUGGUGGACACAGGCACUUCAGGGGAACCCAUCCAGCCGCAGAGAGAGGGAGCCCAGACCCCCACAGAAAAGGAGAGAGAAUUACGUGUGGACAGGACCAAGGACUCUGGGGACAACCAUGGUGAUUCUGAAGACCUGGACCUACAGGCUACCCAGUGCUUUGUGGAGAGAGAGAAUCAGAGCCCAGAAGCAGUCCAGAGCAUGGAGGAUGAAGCUACCCAGGCCUUCCUGGUUACUCUACCCCAAGAGCCUGGCCCUUCCUGUUGCAGUUUCCAGGCCCCAGGUGCCCUGGAUGAGCCAUGGGAAGUCUUGGCAACACAGCCAUUCUGUCCCAGAGAGUCUGAGGCCUCUGAGCCCCAGCCCAUUGCUGCCCAUCUUGAUGCCCAUGGAUCUUGCCCCUCUACACCUAGGACAACACCACAAGCCCAACAUCCAGAGAUCCCAGUUCAUGAAGAGGCACUAGGGACUCAAGGCAGAGGGAUGCAGACUGUGGAGAAAGGCAUGGGUACACCAAGGGGUACAGAGGGGAUGACCCCUGAGAGAGGACUGUUGAACAGGGAAACCAAGAACCUGCCGGCAGAGGGGGUGACCCCUGAGAGAGGACUGUUGAACAGGGAAACCAAGAACCUGCCAGCAGAAGAGAGAGAAGAUGUUAUAGAAGAAGAAUUAACCAGAGGGAAACAGAUGUUAGCUAGAGAUAAUCAGGGACAAGAGUCUGACCAAAAGGUAAAAAGCGCAAGUAUUGAAAGGAAUAUGGAGACUUUAAACAUAGAAAUUGAGAUACCCAGGGAAGUACAAGAGGAAGAGAUAGGAAAGCAGACUCUUGCAAGAGAAGUAUUUGAGAGAGAAGCAGAGAAACUAGUACUAGAGAGAGAAGAUGAGCCAAGUGGAUUAGGCAUUGAGGUACCAGAAGAAAAACUGGAGAGCAGCCCACAGAGAGGGGAAACAGAGAAAGGGAGCCAGGACCAGGAAGGGCAGACCUCCCAUCUAACACCAGAGCCUAGAGCAGGGACGGGAGACCAUCAGGGACUCAAUUCAACCCUAGGAGUUUCUGGGAACCAGUCAGGUGGAGCCCCGAUGAGCCCCAGGAGGCAGCAGAGAGGCCACUGGACUUGCAAGAUGCCACCUGCUGAGAAGGCCUCUGCGGGUGAUCAGGAAUCUGCAGAUGCUUGUCUGCCUCCUGCAGUGCCUGAAGCCUCAACCCUCCACCACAACUCCCUCCUCUUUCAGAGUCAAAAACAUCCUGUGCCCCAGCCCUUCCUUUCUCCCUCUCCAUCUUCUUUAGAGCCCAUUCCCAGAACCAGACAAAAUGGGAAUCAGGAAGUUCCAGAGACUACCUUGUCCUCAGACAUGGAGCCUCUCCACUCAAAAUCCAAAGUCAGGCUCCGAGGGUCCUCCAGGAAGACACCCUCUGCAGUUUCUUCUUUAGCCCUUGAACCUCACUCUACCAUCCCCACAGACCAGCCCCUCAGUCCUGAGCUCACAUCUCGGGUCACUCGGGGCAGGACACGUAGGUCCUCUGUCAUGACCCCUGAACCAGUUGUCCCCACAGCCCCUGAGCUCCAGACUUCCACCUCCAAAGACCAGCCUGUCAUGCCUGAGUCAACAUUGCAGGUCACUCGGGGUAGAACACAUAGGUUUUCUGUCAAGACCCCUGAACUGGUUGUUCCUAUAGUCCCUGCAGUCCAGCCUUCCACCUCCAAGGAGCAGCCUGCCGCUACUGAGCUCAUAUCUCAGAGCAGGACCCGUAAAUCUGUCAAGACCCCUGAACCAGUUGUCUCCACAGCCACUCAAGGCAGGGCACAUAGGUCUUCUGUCAAGACUCCCAAAACAGUUAUCCCCACAGCCCCUGAGCUCCAGCCUUCUACUUCCAAAGACCAGCCUGUCACCCCUGAGCGCACAUCUAGGGUCACUUGGGGCCGUACACGUAGAUCCUCUAUCAAGACUCCUGAACCAACUGUCCCCACAGUCCCUGAACUCCAGCCAUCCACCUCCAAAGACCAGUCUCUCAUCACUGAGCCCAUAUCUGGGGCCACUCACAGCAGGACACAUAGGUCUUCUGGUAAGACCCCUGAGCCACAUGUCCCAACAGCUCCUGAAGUCCAGCCUUCCAUCACCACAGACCAGCCUGUCACCCCUGAGCCCACAUCUAGGGUCACUUGGGGCAGGACACGUAGAUCCUCUGUCAAGACUCCUGAACCAACUGUCCCCACAGCCCCUGAACUCCAGCCUUCCACCUCCAAAGACCAGCCUGUCAUCACUGAGCCCACAUCUGGGGCCCCUCACAGCAGGACUCAUAGGUCUUCUGGCAAGACCCCUGAGCCAGUUAUCCCAAUAGCUCCUGGAGUCCAGCCUUCCAUCCCCACAGACCAGCCUGUCAUCCCCAAACCCACAUCUCAGGGUAGGACACCCAGGUCUUCUAUCAAGACCCCUGAGCCAAUUGUCCCCACAACCCCUGAGCCCCAGCCUGCCACCCCUGGAGGCCAGCCUGUCACCCCCAAACGUACAUCUCGGGGCAGGACACCUAGGUCUUCUAGCAAGACCCCUAAAUCAGUUGUCUCCACAGUCCCUGAGCUCCAGGCUUCCACCCCCACAGACCAGCCUGUCACCCCCAAACUUAUAUCUCCAGCCACUCGGGGCAGGACACAAAGGUCCUCUAUCAAGACCUCUGAGCCAAUUGCCACCACAGCCCCUGAACUCCAGCCUUCCUUCUCCACAGAUCAGCCUGUCCCUCCUGAGCCCACAUCUCGGGCCACUCGGGGCAAGACACAUAGGUCCUUUGUCAAGAUCCCCCAACCAACUGAGCUCAGAGCCCCUGACCUUGAAUCUCUCACCCCCACAGAUCACCUGGUCACCCCUAAGGCUCAGGGUUGUCAGGGUAAGACACUCAGGUCUUCUGGAAUAAGUGCUAGGCCAGUUCUUACCACCCCUGAAUUCCAGUCUCCUGUCUCCACAGACCAGCCUCUUCCCCCUGAGGCCAUCUCUCAAGCCAAUUGCAGCAGGAAGCUGAGAGCCACUAGGAAACAUGGGUCCCUCACAGCUCCCAUUGUCUGUGAGCCCUAUUCUGCACUCCCUGAACCUAAAUCUCGGUCCUCAAGGAACCAGAGACAAGGGGCAGUGAGAGUAGUUGAAUCCCUCAGGACCACACCCAAGCCUGCCUUUGCCCAGCUUCCUGAGGCCCCCACUCAUGCUACCCAGAUCCAAAAGGUAGAGGGAGCAGGCAGAUCAGAGUUCACCCCAGAGCCCCUGCCUAAGGCCUCUCAGAGCUGCAAGAGGCCUUUGGCUACUGUAGAUUCACCCCCACUUCAAAAACGGCUCCAAAGAGGGGAAGUCACCCAGAAGACAGUGUUCCUCAAGGAAGAGGAAGAAGAUCCAAUGGAGAGGCCAAGGAAGGAGGAGGAUGUAGUGGCUCCAGGACCAGGCAAGAGAAAGAGAGACCAAGCAGAGGAGGAGCCCAAGGGACUCCCAAGCCGCAGCCUUCGACGCACCAAACCUAACCAAGAGUCCACAGCCCCCAAAGUACUUUUCACAGGAGUGGUGGAUGCCCGUGGAGAGCGGGCAGUGCUGGCCCUGGGGGGGAGUCUGGCCAGCUCAGUGGCAGAGGCUUCCCACCUAGUGACUGAUCGAGUCCGACGCACAGUCAAGUUCCUCUGUGCCCUGGGGCGGGGGAUCCCCAUUCUCUCCUUGGACUGGCUGCACCAGUCCCGCAAAGCUGGUUGCUUCUUGCCCCCGGAUGAAUAUGUGGUGACUGAUCCUGAGCAGGAGAAGAACUUCGGCUUCAGCCUUCGAGAUGCCCUGAGCCGGGCUCGGGAGCGAAGGUUGCUGGAGGGCUAUGAGAUCCACGUGACCCCAGGAGUCCAGCCCCCACCACCUCAGAUGGGAGAGAUCAUCAGCUGCUGUGGAGGCACUGUACUACCUAGCAUGCCCCGGUCCUAUAAGCCUCAGAGAGUUGUGAUUACAUGCUCCCAGGACUUCUCUCGAUGCUCUAUUCCAUUUCGGGUUGGGCUGCCCAUCCUCUCACCUGAGUUCCUGCUGACAGGAGUGCUGAAGCAGGAAGCCAAGCCAGAGGCCUUCAUCCUCUCCACUUUGGAAAUGUCAUCCUCCUGAAAACUUUACCACAGUACUCUUUUCCCUCCUAGACCAGUAAAUAAAGUGUUAGAAAAGAUUUGGAAGAAAGAACCUAGGGUUUUAGAAAGGUUUUGGAUAUACUGACCUAUUUGUCUUGGAACAUGGGUGGGGCUGAAAAGGUUUACGGGUAAACGAAAAGAUAGGGAGAUUUAGAGCCACAGAUUUCUUAAAUAACCACUUAAGAGUUGGGUAACCCCAUACUCAUCUCUUAAGUGGCUACCCUUAGCAGGACUUGAUGUACUUAGUGCUAUGAGGAACACACAGUGUCCUGCCUCCUGUUUGGAAACAAACCAUUUCUCUUCUUCUUUUACUGGGAUUCUUACUCAUCUUCUGAAAGAUAGUGGAAAGAAUUUUAGUGUCAAGAACUUAAAGGGAUGCUUGGAAUGGGUAAUUUAAGGUUGGAAUUAUGGAAUGCUCUAAAAUAUUUUCCUUUCUUCUCACUCGAUCUUGUUAGAAGCGUUCUUUAGCUUUGACUUUGAGCAAAUCGCUACAUUUUUCUGGCCUGCUUUUCCAGUAUUUAUAAAAUUAGAGCUUAGGUUUAACUUCUGAUAAAUAAAUAUUCACUCUGUGCCUUAUGGUGUAGUGCAGUUUUUUUUAACAUACCUGAAAUUUAAAUUUUACUUAUUUUA